AUGGCUUCUUCUGCAAUGGGCUGGUCCGAACUUCUACCUGAACUGAAGGAGCUCAUCCUUGAUCGACUCACCUCUCUCUCCGACCAUCUUCGUCUUGCUUCUGUAUGCUCCUCAUGGCGAUCAUCAGUAGUUACAAUCAUCACUAGUAAUCGCUGUCCCCGUCUUCGUCUACUUCCGUUUCUGAUGCUUCCCCCUGCUGACAAAGAAAAAGACAACACUACUAAAAUCCGACCUUUCUUUAAUCUUUCAAGUCGCAAGAAGAUUAAUGAGCUUCACAUCCCAGAGAUUCACGAUAAGUGGUGUUGUGGAUCUUCUCAAGGCUGGCUAUUAACAGUAGAUGGGUUCACCAAAGAGAUUCAACUAUUCAAUCCAGUCUCUGAAGGCCAUAUCCACCUUCCUUCCCUUUCCGAAUUCUCCUUUCCUCCAAGAGAACACCCACCUGAACCUCCAACCAAUACAUCCAUGCAUUACAUCCACAAGGCAGUUCUAUCUUCGAAUCCUUGUACAACACCAGACUACGUUGUAGUAGUCAUUGUCACUAAUCAGAAGUGGUUGGCUUAUUAUAAGCCAGGAGCUGAUAAAUGGACUACUAUAGUAUCAGAAAAAUGUUGUCAUUUUGAAGAUGCUAUUUUCUACAAGCAGGGACUACUCCUCUAUGCUGUUAGCAACCAUGGACCCGUUGUAACUUAUGACUUCAGUUCUGAAACCCCAAUUGAGAGGGAAAUCACUUUCCGGCCACCGGCGGGAAGAGGAUGCGACAUGUAUUAUUUGGUGGAAUCAUUAGGAGAACUAUUGUUAGUUUUAAGGCACUUCAGGUGGCUUGAUGAUCACGAACCUGACGGCCACUACGAUGACGAUGAUUACAAAGAUAUCGUCGUCCACCCACCAUUCAAAUUCAAAACUAUCAAGUUUUGGGUUCGGAAGUUGGACGAGAGCAAGCGCGAGUGGAUCCCAAUUCAAAGCAUUGGCGAUGAUCGUAUUUUGUUUCUGGGAAAUAGCAGCUCAAUUUCUCUGUCUGCCCAAGAAUUUCCAGAAUGCCCCUGCAUGGGGAACUCCAUCUAUUUUAAUGACGACUACGAUUAUGGACCCUUUGAACCACCAUCAGAAGGUUACCAUGACACGGGAGUAUUCAACUUUGAGACUCGCCGUGUAGAAUCAUUUCUUGGGUCGUUCCCUCCUCAUUUGACUACUUGUACCUUUUGGUUAACACCUGAACCCAUUGGAAGUGUGUCCACCAACUUCAUAUGUAAAUUGUUUGAUAUUGGUUAA